CCGUUUCUGUCACUGUUCCAAACGCUACAAAGGUUUCGUGCUUGCAACUGGCGCGGAGGCUGUGCUUCUGCAGCGUUGCCAUUCGGCUACAAAUACAGGGCGCUUUUAUCUGUGUAACCAAGGCGCUGGGCGAGGCGUUUGCCAAGCUUGGUCCGGGCACCGUACUCAAUCAGCUGACCUUUGUGCUGUGGAAGGGGGAGCCGUGCGGAGUCUCCAAACCGUCAGUAGCCGACUGUACCGCCGCCUCUGUCGCAGUUCUGCCACGCGUUUUCCAGCGACGCCGAGGAACACAGGACAGUUAAAAAAAGCACGCCAAGUUCCGGACGGAAUGCGUCCCGGAAUACGCACGCCUCGACGAGAAUAAAGAAAUUCGAGCUCAACCUGUCUGCUGACCCGACGCCCCCCGUUCUGGGAUUAAUACCAUGCAGUUAGGCGGGAUUUCCAUUAAUAUUUGCGCAACAUGUCUUCGGUAGAAGAGGCUACUAUAGUUGAAAACGGGCAAAACGUCGACGAAACCUUGGAGUGGAGCUACAUUGAGUGGAAGGAGCAGGUCGGCGGCUCCGCGGGGAUAUGCUCUGUGCAGACACAGACGACGGCGGCACCCACGGAAGACAAGGAAACGCAGACCAGCCACCCCGUGAUAAUGCGGAUAGAUCUACCGAGAACGCCGUCGAAGCUGAAGAGCGCCGCGCUCCUGGAAACGGACGGCAUUCUGGCGCCGCUCUUCCAGUUCGACAGACACGCUCCCGGGCGGAUCUCCACCUCUCCCACCUUGCGGAGGAUGAGGACGAGCACACGGCGCCCACACAUGGAUGUCAGGGACCCCGUCGGUGCCGACGGCGGACAGGUGGGGUCGGUCGGUUCCGAGACGCAGUGUCCAGAAUGUCCUCAGUCGCCCGGGUGGAGGAUUAAAUCCCCGCUGGCCGCAAGUCCGCUGAGUGACGGUGAACUGGAUCGAGUCUCUCCGUCGGGUUCAAUCGCAGACAAACUGGGAAACAGACCCAGUCACCCGGAAACUGUGGAUAAUGGUGUGGACUUCAAAAGAUUAGAAAAUAUCAGAAUAGACUGCGAACGUAGAGAGGAUUCCGACCAGGAGACGGAACCUCAACACAACAGACUGCAGGAGAGGAGGCGGAGCUCUGUGGUGGUCAGCCUACCGGGCCUCGACGUGUCGCCGGGGGACCUGUUUGUGUCUGACGGGGCGGCCGACCGACUCAACGGCUCCACGUUUUCCGAGUCCAAGAAAUCGAAGUGGCCUUUCUCCAGACACAGUACGAUCAAGGGGAAAAUGCGGUCUGCCUCUGACAUCGAGAAGUGUCUGUCCAGGGUGCAGGUCCAGGACUGGAGGGAGUCAGACUUUUACAGGUACAAGAACUGGUCCCUGGAGGACUUCCUGGCGGACGAGGGACGGGAGGGCGGGGCCGAGGACCAGGCACGGGAUUGGAGGAGAGAGAACGCCAUUUGGGAGCUCUUCACGAGCGAAUGCAUCUACUUCCUGGACCAUCUGAUGGUGCUGAAAGAGGUGUUCCUCAGCACACUCACCUGCCUGCAGGACUCUGGCUGCCUGCCUGACGUUGAACCUUGGAGGCUCUUCGCCAACCUCAACGAGCUCAGCCUGGUCAGUUUUGGGUUCCUCACCAGCCUCCUGCGUGCCAUCAGGGGGUCCUGGGAGAUGGCGGUCAGCGGGAACGCCCCCACCCUGCAGGCCCUGCUGACCAAGGGGUUCCGGGAGAGCAUUUGCCGGAGCCAGCAGAAGUACUGCCUGAACUACCCCACAGCAGUGAGCUACCUGAACCGGCUGAAGCAGAGGGAGGACUUCAGCACCUAUGUGAAGUGGUGCGAGCGGAAUGAGGAGUGCCGGAGGCUGUAUCUGUGUGACCUGCUGGUCGCUCCCCUGCAGAGGCUCACACGCUACCCCCUCCUGCUGCGGAACAUCGGCCGCCGCUGUGGCGGGGCUGAGAGGGGCGCCGUGCAGGCUGUUGCCAAGCUGGUGGACCAGUCUAUACAUGACCUGGAGGGGAAGGUGAAGUGGAUGGACAAUUAUCAGAAGGUGAAGCGGCUGAAGGAGUCGCUGGUCUGGGAGCAGGUGUGGGAAAGGGACCGGAGGACAUUUGUCCCGGAGAGCCUGAGACACCUGAUGAAAGCCGUGAGCUUGGAGAACCUGGUGGCCAGCCGCAGCCUGCUGUACGAGGGCCGGCUCGUGCUGACGGAAAAUGGGAAGCAGCAAGAUGUCUACUUAUUCCUGUUUGAAGAGUUCCUGCUGAUCACCAAGAUGAAGAGGAAUAAGAAGCUGGGUCAGAAGAGCGGCGGACUGGAGCAGAGCUCCGCCCCCACGGCCGCGGCCCAGGAGCUGCAGGCCCUGUUGAGAGAGGGCUGUGCCUUCACCGUGCUGGACCAGCCCCUGUCCCUGGACCGCCUGCAGCUCCGCAGCAUCGACCAGCUCAACGCCACAGCAUCCGGCCUUCUCAACUCCUUCAUUGUCACCCACCAGAACCGCUACCAGCAGUGCAUCGGCGUGUUUGUGCUGCAGGCCCCAUCCGAGUCCGUCAAGAAAGCCUGGAUGUCGGCACUAGAUGGCGCCGUAGAGGCCCUGCUGAAGCGGGAGUCCCAGCAGCCCCGGAUCCGGAACUCUGCGUGGCUUGAGUCGACGCAGAUCUGACGGCGAAAACAUACACUUUAAGUCCUAUACAUUCACAGCAGAAUUUUACUAACAUAUUUUACGAUAAGUCUUUUUGUAAAUGAGAGUCGAUGUUUUUUUCUUAGAUUACGCGUUAUUUUCUUGUUGACAGCCCGGGCUGUAGUCGCUGCUUAGAAACACGCAAACACCAUUUGUGCACAUUUUUUAUUUAGCGGACAAGAGCUUUGCAUUUAGAUUCAUUUAUCAAUGAGCAGGCAAUGAAUGUUUCGUAAAACGAUUAAAUAUGUUUAAAAACGCAUAA